ACUUUCCUAUCCCUGUUGAACUCUCUCUCUCUUUCUCUCGUAAGGUUGCUGUGAGGUAUGCUUCUCGUCACUUUUUUCUUCAGUUAACAUAGUAUCCUAACAGUCUGUGAUCAUAUUCUUGGGUUUUUGAAGUAUUUGAAUUACUGUUAGUAGGUGAACUUUCUUGUUGAUCGAGUUGAUAGAUACAGUAUUAGAAUGCAGAAAUUAGUUAACAGUAUCUGAUCUUUACAGACCCUUUUAGCUGUAUGUAAUGUUUAUAUAAACUUGUUAAACCCUGAGGGCAUGUUUGGUUCGGUACAAUCUUGUUGAUUCAGUAUUACUAGGGGUGGUGUCAUAUACUCGUUUAAUGGGUUUAAGGAGGUUUAUAAAGUUCUGUUUUUCCAAGACAAAAAUCUGAAUUUUGAUGAUUUAUAUGGUUAAUAUUUGUUUUUUCAACACAAGAUUAGCGUAGGAAUAUAGCUCAACUUGGAAUUUGGGGUGGUUGAGGUCCAAUUUCGACAGGGCUUUUGUCUAGUAGAUAAUAAUGGAUCCACGAGUUCGUCCAUUUUCGGGUUCUAUAAAUGGAGCCCAAUUGGAGAAUCAAUCCGUGUCUGUUUUUCCGGAUGAGAAACUAGUCAGUGGUGGUCCUAGAUUUGAAAAUAUUAUUGGGAAUGGGAGACUAAUUAGAGGGCCUAGAUUUGAAAAUACCUUUCUAGAUCACAGUUGGGGAGGAAUUGAAUCGAUUCGCAAUGAUCCACCGUUGAGUAAUACAUUCACAAGUUCUAGCACAAGUCGUGAGGAAGAUUAUCAUGAAGACUGUGAUUUCUCAGACGCUGUUCUGAGCUAUAUAAACCAGGUACUAAUGGAAGAAGACAUGGAGGAUAAGACAUGUAUGCUUCAAGAAUCUUUGGAUCUUCAAGCUAAAGAGAAGUCAUUCUAUGAGGUCCUUGGCAAGAAGUACCCACCUUCAUCACCUGAUCCACACCCAACUUAUGCUCACCAAACUAUCGAGAACUCAGAUGAUUGUUUGUCGGAAUAUCAGCUCCAUUACACUAGUAGCAGUAGGGAUGGUGAUGGUUACUUACUUGAUCCUAGCUUAGUUGAUCUAUGCUGGAAAAACAAUUCAGCUGAUUGUGAUACCUCUCUAAUACAAAGUCUUACAGCUUAUAAAUUUUCCCACUCAUUGGUUAGCACUAUAGAUGGGUUUUUGGGCUCCCCUAUAAGUCCUCUUCACUUUCGUGAUUUAUAUAAUGAGAGCCAAUCUAUUUGGCAGUUCAGGAAAGGGGUUGAAGAAGCCAAAAAGUUCCUUCCAAAUGGUAAUGGAUUGUUAGUGGGUGUGGAUGUCAAUGGGUUGUUUCCUCAGGAGCUGAAGGGAGAAAAUGGUGACAUGGUGAAUAUGGUGAAGAAAAAAGAUGAGGGAGAGUACUCAUCAGCAAUCUCGAGGGGGAGGAAGAAUCCUAAAAGGGAGGGUAUAGAAUUAGAAGAAGGGAGAAGCAGCAAGCAGGCGGCUGUUUAUGCAGAAUCAACAGUGCGGUCGAAGGAGUUUGAUUUGGUUUUGCUUUGUAGUAGGGGAAAAGGUGGGUCGGCCAUGCCAUCUUAUAGCGAAAGCUUGCGGCAUGAAGCAAGCAAGAAGUCGAAAGGAUCUAGUGGAGGAAAAGGCCGUGGUAAGAGGCAAAAUGGGAAAAAGGAAGUAGUAGAUUUGAGAACCCUGCUUAUUCAUUGUGCACAGGCUGUUGCAGCUGAUGAUCGUAUGACUAUUUAUGAACUGCUAAAACAGAUUAGGCAGCAUUCUUCACCUUUUGGUGAUGGGAAUCAAAGAUUAGCCCAUUGCUUUGCUAAUGGUCUAGAGGCACGCAUGGCUGGCACCGGGAGCCAGAUCCAUAAAGCUUUAGUCAGUAAGAGAGCAUCUGCAGCUGAUUACUUGAAGGCUUACCAUCUGUAUCUUACCUCAUGCCCAUUCAGGAAGAUUUCAAAUUUUGCCUCAAACAGGACAAUAUUGAUUAAAGCAGAGAAUGCGAUGAGGAUCCACAUCAUAGAUUUUGGUAUCCUUUAUGGUUUUCAGUGGCCUACCUUCAUUCAACGUAUGUCGUCAAGAAAUGGUGGACCUCCAAUGAUUCGAAUUACUGGGAUAGAAUUUCCGCAACCUGGUUUCCGGCCAGCAGAGCGAAUUGAGGAGACAGGACGUCGCCUAGCAGACUAUGCGCAGAGUUUCAAAGUGCCUUUUGAGUACACUGCCAUUGCAAAUAAAUGGGAGCACAUCAAAGUUGAGGAUCUUAAGAUUGACAAGGAUGAAUUUCUUGUUGUCAACUGUUUGUAUCGAUCUGAAAACUUACUUGAUGAGACUGUGGCAGUCAGCAGUCCAAGAAAUAUUGUUAUCAACCUGAUAAGGAAGAUUAAUCCAGAUAUUUUCAUCCAUGGGAUUGUGAAUGGAGCAUACAAUGCCCCAUUCUUUGUCACACGUUUCCGGGAGGCUCUGUUCCAUUUCUCCGCACUGUUUGAUAUGCUUGAAACUAAUGUACCCCGUGAGCAUUGUCAAAGGAUGCUGAUUGAGAGAGAGUACUUUGGGAGGGAAGCUUUGAAUGUUAUAGCUUGUGAAGGAUGGGAGAGAGUUGAGAGGCCAGAGACAUAUAAGCAGUGGCAUGUACGUAAUCUGAGGGCAGGCUUCACGCAGAUCCCUUUUGACCGGGAGAUCAUGGAAAGAGCAACCAAUAAGGUCCGGUCUUACCACAAGGAUUUUUUGAUUGAUGAAGACAGCCAGUGGUUGGUGCAGGGAUGGAAAGGGCGAAUAAUUUAUGCCCUUUCUUGUUGGAAACCUGUUUAGGUAUUUGAAUGGCAUGUACAAUACGCGCUCUGGCCUCCUACAUAUAUGCAGUUACGAUUGAGUAUGAAGGUAGCAAAUCUUUGUCACCUUAGUUUUCAGUUUUGCCGCAUGCUUCUUUUACUCCCACGUUAUGUUCUUGUUGAUUUUGUUCAUCAUAAAAAAAAAGGCUGUGCUGAUCCAAUGAUAAACACUAAUGCUAUUGGGAUUUUGAUGGUUAACUCUUUAUGGAUCCGGCUAGGACUACCAGAAGUAAGAGAUUAUGUAUCCUCACAAGAUAUCGCUACUUCAGCUGAAUGCUUAUUGUUGAAUAGAUAAUUUGGUAGGAUAAGUGUUGUGACAUGUAUUGAUGAUGGUUGAAAAUCUUACAUGUGAAGGAGGAAACUGUUCUACAUAACCUAUAUAUGAUUUAU